GUCGUCAUCACCACCAGAUACCACGGUCGAGUUCCCGAGAACGAACGAGCCCCAUCUCCCCUCUGCGCUCGAAUGCGUUUCAAGUAGGAGGCGUAACAUCUCCGGCCGUGAUGGCGCCGCCGCAUCAUGAGUCAGGGAGCAGCAGCAGCCGGCGACGCUCAGCUGGGUCCUCCCAAGGUCGCGACAGCGCGAUCGACGUGGGCAAGGUGCUUGAAGAGGCCAAACGCAGAUGGCUGCGUCCUCGCGAAGUGGAAUACCUUAUCAGGAACUACAGAGUGCAUGCGUUCUCCUUGGCUAUGGAGCCAGCGGAUCGACCCGAAAGUGGUACAUUGUACCUGUUCGACAAAAAGAAGUGUCGGUACUUCCGGAAGGACGGGCACGACUGGCAGAAGAAGAAAGAUGGGAGAACGGUGAAGGAAGCGCACGAAAAGCUCAAGGUAGGCAGCGUGGACAUUCUCCACUGUUAUUACGCGCAUUGCUCGGAGAACGAGCUGUUCCAGAGGCGGAGCUACUGGUUGCUGGAGAGGAAGGGUCAGGAGUCGUUCGUGGUGCUUGUUCAUUACUUGGAAGUGACGGAAGAGUCUGGGCGCCCACCAAGGUCGCUCUCAGAGAGCGCAAGGCGGUACUGUUCUGCGGCGUCUGCGUCCCUGUCCGCUAGUUCGGAGGAGGAGGAGGAGGAGGAGGAGGAGGAGGAGGAGGAGGAGGAAGAGGAGGAGGAGGAGGAGGAGGACGAAGAGGACGAAGAGAAUGUAGGCGAAUUUGAAUCUACCUGCGAGCUUCUGUCGUUGGAUGCACUCCCUCUCUCUCCACCGCCGAUCUUGUGGGGUGAGAAAGAGGAUCGCGAUCCCGACAGCCAUCUUGUCUCUCCUCACGAUUACCUCCAGCCUCGUCAUCAUGACAAUUACCAGGAGUACGCAGCUUACAGCUACUACCAGGAACCUUGCAGCUCCGCCCACGACCGUACUCAUCAUUCUCCUCCUUCCCAUAGCCACAGCUAUGGUAGAUUCCGUUCCCCACGGCAGCAGCACGAUGAUCCGAAGACGCAUCAUAACCAUUACGAUCACCAUCGCCAGCAGCACCACCAGCCGGCGCCAUCGCCGCCGCUGCCUCCGCAGCAGAAGGAGCGUCAAUCCUCUUCUGCCUACUGGCAAGGUCCCACGUCAUCAAACUCGGGCUCGACGAUGCUUGAUAAGCAAUCAUGGCAGAGCUCGUCUGUUUCCGGAUCGCUCCUCGACUGGACCACGAGUUCGACCCAGCGUUCUAUGUCGCAGCUGUCGAUGACCGCGACGUCUCAAACAUCGACGUUGCCAAACCCGGCUAUGGUGUUCAGUCAGGCCAUGCUUGCUUCGGCCGGAGGAUAUGGCGGUUCCCAUCGUUCGACGACCAUCGGCGGAGAUUUCGACGAUGACGAUGACGAUGGCGAUGACGAUGGCGAUGGCGAUGGCGAUGGCGGCAGCGACGGAAAGGAAGGGGGAGGAAAGGAGAUUCAUGAUUAUUAGAGGACCUUUGCAGGCCACGUGACGCAUUCUGGACGCUCAGAUGAUCAGAUCGAGCAAGUUUUACUUCAGAUGAGACGACUCUUUUGGGAUGGAAUGGAAGAGAAAGGGCCAAAAACGUCUUCUUCGUAUCGCUCGUAAAAUGGUUGAUAUGCUUAUUCACUCGAUAAAUGUUAAUCUGCUCU